AUUCACAACAACAGCCAACUUGUAAUACUCGAACUCCAUUAUGGAUACCAUUAGGGCAUCUUCUCCAUCCACUCCCAUCGCGGACAUGGUCAAGAUUGAGAUGGAAGCCGCCGAGGCUUUGGCGGGUUUGGCUUAUUUUCCGGCCAAUUCUCCUGGCACUCAAUCUAGAGUCAAACACGAGUCUAAUGAUGGCAACAACUCCUCGUUUCACUCGUUCCCUAAAUGUUCCACAAAUUCUUAUCAGGAUGCAACUAAUUUUAUGCUAAAGGAGCCCGAGAAGUUGGGCAUCUUGACUUCAAAGUCAGUGAAGGAUGAACAGAGCACUGAUCUUAGACUAAAUCCUACUUAUCCCACAAAUCAUGCAUCAAGUGGGAGGAAAUCUAGACAAAAUCUAACCGAGGCUGAAAUGGAAGCACGUAAAAUACGCAGGGUGCUAGCAAAUAGAGAGUCGGCUAGACAGACAAUCCAUAGGCGCCAGGCCAUUUUUGAGGAGCUAACAAGAAAGGCAGUUGAUCUAGCAUGGGAGAAUGAAAAUUUGAAAAAGGAGAAGGAGACGGCUACGAAAAAGUAUGAUUCUCUGAAGACGAAGAACGAAUGCUUAAAAGCACAGAUGGUUAAGGUAAUGAAUGUUGAAGCGGGAGAAGAGUCGAAUGCCACAAAUGAACCGACCGUUUCUGCGUCAUCCACAAAUUCUCCGUUCAUCAUUUACAACCAGCCUCCGUUUUUGCCAUUCGUAUGGCCGAAUUCAGUCCAGUUACAAUGUGGGGGAAUAGUUUUCCCAUCUCAUAUUCCUGAUUCAUCAUCUUGUGAAGAAGGGAAUUCAAUGGGGGCCGCAGGUCCGGUAUAUUUACUCCCAUACCCUUGGCUUGUUACUACUAGUCUACCUCAAACUCAAAGUGGUGGUAGCGGUGGUAGCGAACACCAUCACCAUGGCCACGGCCACGGCCAUGACCACGGCCACGGCCGCCCUCAUUCUUUCAAUCUAAAUGACAAACCAAAAGAGUCAUCUUCAGAAUGCCAGCAGCAGCAGCUCUUCCCUGAAAAGGUGUCGAAAGAAGGUUCACCUUCGAAGAGGGGCGGUUUCCCUCCAGAUGGGGGCGGUGGAGGGACAACAGAGGCUAUGGCACCUGUGAGUUGUGAUGAUACUGAUAAUAAUGAUAAUUUGAUAAAAGUAAAAGAAGAUGAUAUUAAGGGUAAUGGUAGUAGGAGUGAACAAAUUCCAGUUGUGUGGUCAGCAGGUAAAAGAGUAGGUGAUACAGCUGCUGCUGAAGCCAGGAAGAGAAGAAAACAGCUUACAAGACUAAAGAACAACUUUCAUGGCCGUCAACUCAGGAUUAUGCAUUAAUACCUCAUAAACAAUGAAACAAAGAAAAAGACAUUAUUUAUUAUUUUCUUAUGUAAGAGGAGGAUAGUUAUAUAUACACAUAAUAUAUAUAUAUAUAUAGUAUAAGUAUAGUCAAUAGUGUAUCUUGAUACCAAGAAUGGUGUUAUGGAGGCGGUUUAAUUUCAUUUCAAAUGAUGGGAACAACCAAUUUAUGGGUGUGUUGAUUUUUAUUUAAAGCAUAUUUUUUUUUAUUAA